ACAGAUUAUACGCGUGUCUCCACUUAUGCGUUGUCACUUCCAAUCCCGACGGAAGAUUUUACUGGAUCACACAAAAAUCCAUCAAUAAGUUCCCACACGGAGUUGUUUCAAGUGCAUCGACCAAAAUAUUCUGGUCCUUUCGAUUCAAUCGAACAAAUCACAAUUUCGUGGAAGAGGGCUCGAUUAGUCGCUCACACUUGGUGACUUAGUAUCAGAGCAGAUACCAGAGAGGAACGAAAGUUAUAUUAAUAAUUAUUUCGGCUACCCGGGUCGGCAGAAUGCCGAAUCUCCUGCGGACGGCUGGACUCGAUAACUAAAAAAUUCUCUGGCGAAAACUCCUCAAUAUAGAAUGGAAGUCAGUUGGUACUACGCAAUUUUGACGACGAUUGCUUUUCUCGUCGGUUUAGCGGGAAACAUCGCAGCUCUCUGGAUCCUCUUCAGGACGGCCAAACGAAGAAACAAAAAGCACUUGUUCAUGUUGAGAUGCUUAGCUUCCAACGAUCUGACCGCGCAAGUGGGUAUGCUGUUGCUGAUCACUUUGAAGAGAGUACACGUUCUACCAGAAUAUUUGGCUUGCGCAGGUUUCGUAUUUGUUAGAGCUUUCGGCCUCGGUUCGGGAUGUGUUGCUUUCGUCAUGGCCCUUGAGAGAUGGUUGGCUCUUACCAGGCCCUUCUUGUAUCAUCAGCUAGUCACAUAUCGAAUACUCAAGAGAUUUUUGUGCUGUCUUUGGUUCUCGGCUCUUUUCCUAACAUACCUUCCAUUUUUUGGAUUUGGAUUGUACUACAACUCCGAAAAUGGUCAAUGUCUUAGAUAUAGAAAUGCUGUCGAAAUCAAAGAUAAAAUCUAUGCGUACUUUUUUUUUACUUUCGGGUCAAUCUUGUGUCUGUGUAUAGCGUUGUGUAAUACGUCGGUGAUUUGCGAAUUGUCGAAGAUAAGAUCUCAACAGAGAGUUUUGGUGCGGAGAAUAAGUAGAUCUAUACUGAGUAAUCGCGUGGGAUGUGCUAGAUAUCAGACUCCAGAAGAAGUUGCUUUCGCUAAAUUGAUGGCGUUCGUAUGCAUCAUAUUCCUAGCCUGCUGGGUGCCUCAACUGGUGUCUAUUCCGCUCUCCCAGUCGUACCCCACCGCCAAGCCGACUUCGUUUGCUAAAACAGCAGAUGCGCUUUUGUGUCUUUACUAUACUCUGGACCCAUUUGUUUAUGUAUUGCAGCAUUACAUAGAAGGAAGACUUGCGUGCUGUCGCAGAAAUAGGUCAUCAACGCAGCUGGAGUCAGCAGCAACCACCCCCUCAACAACUUUGCUGACACCUGUCUCCAUAGUGACCCAAUUGCAGUGUUCAGGAACACACGAAAGUGAAAAAGUGAAAGACAUAAAGAUCAUAGUGCCUUAACAGACAUGUAUAUAUCAUUUCUGCAGUGGCGCAGAAAUGCUGAUUCUACAUACAUUGAAUGAGUAGUUACUUUCAUCAAUAUUACUUUUCUUAUUAGUGGAUCAGUGUACUUCAAAAUGAGAUAUCAGAUAUUGGUUUGCAAAAUAUAUCAGUCAUUAUGUUCAUUAUAACCUGUAUAUUAUAGGAAAAAUGCAAUUUAUGUGAUAACCCAUACAAAUCCGUUACAUUUGAAGUUGUCAAAAACGUUGUCAUACGUGAAGUCCCCCACGUUUAAAGCUAAGCUUUAGUCCGUCCUACAGAACAUUUCUCAUCUAAAUUCUGUUUUGCCUUCAUUGUUUGCUACUUCCGAAAAUUGGCUCACUCAAUAUAAUAAAUAUAUCGAUAUGGGAUAGGGAAAACAACUUUUGUCUAAUUUCUAUUGAGAUUUUUAUUUGUUACGACCGGUUUCGGUUCAUCAAACCAUUCUCAAGUAAUAAAUGGAAAUUUUAGUAGAAAUUAGACAAAAGUAAUUUUUCCUAUCUCAUAUUCAAUAUGAAUUUAUACAAAAUGAAUAUGUCAUCAAUUGAACAAGUUAAUCUACUGAUAAUCAAUUCAUAUAAUUUCCUUCACCAGCUUGAACUUGUUUGUAGUUAACAUAAUCUUGUGAUAUUGAGAUUCAUGGUAAUGUACUUCCUACAUUCAUAUUUAUAACCACUAGUUAUACUUUGCUUAUUAGUCUCCGUUUUAUCUGUGAUAUACUUGUCUAGAUGUUUGUCUACGUAAACUGUCACACGUCCCCGACUACAACAAAGUGAAAAAUGUGUUAAUGAAGAGAUGAUGUACUGAACAUUGCAUCUCCAGUCUUUCAAAAUAAUGACAUCAUAGAAAAAACAACGUCUCUACGUCAGUUGAAUAAUUUUUUUCUCUGUAAACUAUUACUGGUCUCCGGAUACGACCAAGUGAAAAAUUUAAAUAAAGAAUUGAUUAACUGAA